AUGGGACACUGGCUACUGCAGAGACACCGCGCAUUGGGUCCAACAAGCUGCUGUUCCACCAACGAGGCUCCUGUUGUCGGCAGAGACAGAACGUACCUUUUGCCUCUUAUUCAUUCAAUUAAGGCAAAGAAACAAAACAGAAACUGGUGGAAAUACUGUUUUCACAUUUUAAGGAUGCAGGACGGGAGUUGGAAUCAGCCACUCCCUAUGUCAGUGCUGCUGAAAGACCCUGCAGAGGGACACCCGGAGGGGGGAGAACUCUUCAUGGACCCCGCAUCAGAGCUGGACUCUGGAGAUGGGGACUUUGCUGACCUCACAUCCUUUUUGAGUGCAGAGGAGAUAAACCUCAGUUUAGACCUGGCCCGGGAGGCCUUUGGUGAUCCAUCUGAGGACACUGGACCUACCCCUCUGCCCCAGGAGCAGGCUCUUCCAGGGCCUACGCAGACUAUAGACCUGAGUCCCAGCUCACACCUCCAGCACCAGACCAAACCCCCCUGUCCCGACGACAGUGCUGUCAAAGACCUGUCCCCGCACAGCGCCCCCCUCAGGGCUGUGCAGGUGCCCUGCGAAGCCACAGGGCAGAAAGCGAUUCGGCACAAACCUAUUCCCCCUGUGUAUCGACAGGACAAACCUCGGCUGGUCCAUGAGGGUCUGGAGCUGUCGGAGCGGUCUGGUUCUGCCUCAGAGUUCUGCAGCCGCGCUGCAUCCUUCAUCGAGGAGCUGUCCUCCAUCUUCAAGAGCAAUGCUCACACAGAGCAGCCGCUGGAGGAGGACUCCUCAUCUCCAGACAGUGGUUACCUGUCCCCCAGGAGCCAGAGGCCCGUCCCCCAGGGCUCAGCCGGUGUCCCCCCUCUCCCUCCUCCACCUCAGGACGUCCCAUACAGCCAGGCCACUGUAGGCUCUCUGUCCAGCACCCUGGGACCAGUAGCGGGUGCAGUUCAGUAUCAGCAGUCUGGAGCUCCAGUCUCCUGUGGACCUCUGUCUCCUCCACACUUCCUUCACAAACUGAAGAGCCAAGAGGUGGCGGAGGGCAGCCCCAUCUGCCUGGAGUGUAGGGUCACAGGAAAUCCUCUGCCCCUUGUCAGGUGGUUCUGUGAGGGCCGUGAGCUGCACACUUCCCCGGACAUCCAGAUCCUGAGAGAUGGAGACCUGCACACGCUGGUGAUCAACGAGGCCUUUGAGGACGACACAGGCCGCUACACCUGUGUGGCCUCCAACAGCCUGGGAGCAGACAACACCUCAGCCGAGGUCUACAUCGAAGGAGCUUCGUCGUCAGAUUCAGAGGGAGAGGGCGGGUCAAAGUCCAAAUCCGGAACGAUGCCUCUAGUUCAGAAGAAGACUACUUCCAUGUCCCUGACGAUACGGUCCUCCUCGCCCAAAACAACAGAGGUCCAGUCCCGUCGCACCACUCUGGUCCAGGCCAUGGCUGUGCCCCCUCCUCGGAUGCAGAGCCCUGUGUCGUCACAGUACGGCGUGGACGUGUCCGGACCCCCUGUGUUUACAAAGACGCUGCAGGACGCCCAGGCUUCAGAGGGUCAGGUGGUGGUUCUGGAGUGCAGGGUCCGGGGAAGCCCACCCCUGCAGGUCCGAUGGUACCGAGAGGGAGAGGAGAUCCUGGACUCCCCAGACUUCCGCAUCCUCCAAAAAAAGCCCAGAUCUGCAGCUGAACCAGAGGAGAUCUGCACUCUGGUCAUAGCUGAGGCCUUUCCAGAAGAUGGAGGUGUUUUCUCUUGCUCUGCCUCAAAUCCUUAUGGCUCCAUCAACUGUUCGGCCCAACUCUCUGUCACUGCAGCUGAUGACUCUUCCAGUAACGGGGUGUCCGCUGAGACCUCAAGUCUGGAGGACUCUGCCCCGUUCCCCCCUCCGCCGCCUCCCACAGAAAUCACCCACCUCGAGCUGCCCCCGAAAGCCCAGGCCCAGCCCCAGCCCCAGCCCGGCCUGGUCACAGAGCUGGAUCUGUGGCCCAGUGUGUCCUCUCUCCCUCCUGCACCCAUGUCGUCAGAGACUGUCCCCAAUGGUCAACGGCAAAGUCCACCAUCUCCUCCAGAGCAGAGAGAGCCAGCAGUGCCCCUCCCGCCUCCGCCAUCUCCUCCUCAGACUGACCCUGCUGCAGAGACCCAGGCUCCUGUCCCACCGGCGCCAGACUUGCUCCCCUCCCCAAAGUUGUCUCCAUCUCCAGCCAAGGACGGCCCGCUGCCCCUGAAGCCCAAACCCAAACUAGCUGAGGGUAGAGUGGAGGAGGCACAAUAUGUCAGGAACGCGUCGCAGAUCAAGCAGCUGCAGGACCAGAUCUUACUGGAGCUACAAGAGGCUGCGCAGUGGCAACAACAGAUCCAGGAACUCCCGCCGCCACCUCAGCUCCCACCGCCACAGCAAACACUUGCCCCACCUGCGGACGCCCCUCCCCCCGCCCCGCCUUCACCGCCGCUCCCCCCACCUCCCUCGUUUCAGGAGCUGGAGAGCAGCACCAACUCCCCCACCGUCGUCAUGCAGGCCAGCACCUUCAACUACGCCCGGCCCAAGCAGUUCAUCGCAGCACAGAGCUCGGUCGUGUCGCCUUACUCCCCCUCCUCACCCGUCUCCAGCCUGUCCUCCCCCCUGUCUCCCUCCUCUUCCCACAAAGCCUUCGGCAGAGUCGCCCUCCCUACCUUCAGCAAGGCGCCCAGUGUUGAGUCGCCCGGGUCUCCCUCGUUCCCGCCCCCUCCGCCGCCCUUCCUGAGCCCCACAGGUUUUCCCUCUUCCGCUCAGGACUUCCCCCCUCCUCCUCCACCACCUCCCCCCCCUCCUCCCCCUGUGUCCCCACCGCAGUCAGAGACCUCCUCCUCGCCGUACUCCUCGGUGCCUGCGUCUCCUGCCUCCAGUUUUCUGUCCUCUGUGCUGCCAUCGCCUCCCCCUGCUCCGGCCCCUGGCAGCCCCAUCGUCAACGCCCUGGGGCUGCCCAAAGGCAACGGCACUGUGAAAGCAUUUCCAAAGAAACCAGUGAGCAGCCGGACGCCCCGUAUCGUGUCUGACUCCGACAUACAGGGCUCCAAAGACGCUGUGAUCCAGGAUCUCGAGAGGAAGCUGAGAUUCAAGGAGGAAAGGAUCGGCAAUGGGCAACAGAGGUUAACGUACGAGGAGAAGAUGGCGCGCAGACUCCUGGGAGCCGACAACGCGGCCACCGUCCUGAGUACGGACACAGAGGAAGAGACCAGCAGCACCCAGGAGUACAAAGUGUCGAGCUUCGAGCAGCGUCUGAUCAGUGAGAUCGAGUUCCGUCUGGAGCGAUCGCCGGUGGAGGAGUCCGAUGAUGACGUCCAACACGAUGAAGACUGUACAGAGGGAGACGCACCCGCCAUCGACCACAAACUCAAACACUGCAAAGUCUUCGAGGGGAUGCCGGUCACGUUCUCCUGCAAGGUCACCGGAGACCCCAAACCAAAGGUUUACUGGUUCAAAGACGGAAAGCAGAUCUCGAAGCGGAGCGAGCACUACAGGAUCAGCCGGGACGCAGACGGCACCUGCUCCCUUCACACGGCUGCUGCCUCUCUGGACGACGACGGCAACUACACCAUCAUGGCCGGGAACCCCGGGGGCAGAGUGAGCUGCACGGGGCGGAUGAUGGUCCAGGCUGUGAACCAGAGAGGACGAAGCCAGCGUUCCACACCAGGACAAAUGCGGAGGUCCAGGUCGCGCUCCAGAGACAGCGGUGAUGAGAACGACAACAUCCAAGAGCGCCACUUCAGACCACACUUCCUGCAGGCACCAGGAGACCUCAUCGUGCAGGAGGGCCGUCUCUGCCGGAUGGACUGCAAGGUGAGCGGUUUGCCGACCCCGGACCUGGUUUGGCAGCUGAACGGGCAGACGAUCCGCCCGGACUCGGCUCAUAAGAUGCUGGUGCGGGAGAACGGGGUGCACUCUCUGGUGAUCGAACCUGUGACCAGCCGCGACGCCGGAAUCUACACCUGCAUCGCCAGCAACCGCGCCGGCCAGAACUCCUUCAACCUGGAGCUCAUCGUGGCAGCCAAAGAAAUGCACAAAGCGCCUUCGUUUGUGGAGAAGCUGCAGAACACGAUCGUGGCAGAGGGACAUCCCGUCCGCCUCGAGUGCCGCGUCACUGGAGUUCCAUAUCCACAAAUCUUCUGGAAACGAGAGAACGAGUCCUUCACCCACAACACAGAAAGAAUCAGCAUGCACCAGGAUAACUGUGGCUACCUGUGUAUGAUCAUCCAGCCGGCGAUGAAGGAGGACGCGGGCUGGUACACGGUGUCCGCCAAGAACGAAGCCGGGAUCGUCUCCAGCACCGCGCGGCUCGACGUCAACACUCAGUGGCAGCAGCCGAACCUCCCGAAGCUGAAGAAAGUGCGUCCGUCCACGAGCCGCUACGCCGCUCUCACAGAGAGGGGCCUGGACGUGAAGGCGGCCUUUUUCCCCGAGUGCUCCCCGCUGCCCCCUGGUGGUCUGAUCGAGAGCGACGACUUGUAG